AUGGAGGAACUGGCGAAGUCAGAAACAUUAACUAAUAGAACCACUAAAAAACUGCUUCCUCUUAAGGAGGUUUCUCCCAUGGUGGAUCAUAGCGGUGAUGCCGGAAACCAAUCAAGUGAUCAUUAUAAAGCAAGAUUAUCUCCAUUUAGAUACAAGCUAAGAUCAGCAUUGAUACCUCUAAUCAGAGCUGAGAAUGAAUAUUUACAUUCGAUGCAAACUAAUUUAAGACAUCCAUGGCUUGAUUUCUAUUUUGCUUGGACAGCUAAUUUAGCAAGUCAUACUUUUUAUGUAUUGAUGCUACCAACUCCGAUAUGGUUUGGGGCCGGUGAAUUAUCUCGAGAUUUGGUUUAUGUUUUAGGAUUAGGGAUAUAUUUUACUGGAUUUUUGAAAGAUUUCUUUUGUUUACCGAGACCAAGAUCACCUCCAAUUCAUAGAAUAACAAUGUCUUCAUAUACAACCCAAGAAUAUGGAUUCCCAUCAUCACAUCUGGCUAAUGCCACUGCUGUGACAUUGGUAUUGGCUUCAAGACUUUUCAAUCUAGAUAUUUCAAGAACUCAAUUUAUCAUACUUUUGAGUUGGUUGAUUAUUUAUUAUGUGUCAUUAAUAUUUGGUAGAUUAUAUUGUGGAAUGCAUGGAUUUCUUGAUCUCUUUGUUGGAUCAUCAGUUGGGGCAGGGGUGUUUUUAUUUAGAUUCUUUUGGGGGAAACAAUGGGAUCUGUUAUUAUUUGAUAAUGGAUUUGGAAUCAUCCCAAGUGCAAUUUUCAUUGUGGCGAUGUUUUUAGGAUUGAUUCAUAUUCAUUCAGAACCAGUUGAAGAUUGUCCUUGUUUUGAUGAUUCCGUUGCAUUUAUUGGUGUAUUGAUUGGUUUAGAUAUAUCUCAUUUAAUAGCAUAUCAUACCCAAUAUUUCAUGCCUACUGAAGCACAUACUGACCCUUUCUUACUUCCAUUUGAUGUUAAUCAAGGAAUGAUGAAAAAUAUAGGACGUUUCAUAUUGGGGGUCACAUUAGUGGUUAUAUGGAAAGCCAUAUCUAAACCAAUCAUCUUUACUAUUUUACCACCAAUUUAUAAAAUAAUUGGAGUUUAUUUGCCAAGAAGGAAUUUUAUCAGUACUGCUCAUGCUAAAUCUUCAGUACGUCAUAUUCGUUCUGCAUCUAUAUCAAAUGAUCAUUCAAGUAUUGGUAACUUCAAUAACUUUAUUAAGGGAGUCACUGAUCAUACUAAGAUAGAUGAGAUUGGUCCUACUACCGAUAUUGAUUAUAUAGAAAUGUUGGAUUAUAAAAAGAAAACUAAUCGUCCAGCAUCAGAAGUACAAAACAUUGAAGAGAAACUUCUAGCUAAAAGUGGUGUAUUCAAACCUCGUUAUGAUGUUGAAAUUAUUGGUAGAAUAAUUGUUUAUGCUGGAGUUAGUACCACUGCCGUAUGGGGACUUACAUGUGCAAUUUCUUAUGUUAAUGUAUAG